AUGGCGAGACGAUCAGUUAUCGUCAGUAAUCCAGCAUAUCGUGGGUCGUCAGUUGUCGCUCCUUUGAAAUGCAAAGAAGAAGUGGACGUCGAAGUCGAUGACAGCCCAGUGCGAAGCUCAAUUCCAUCGUCGCUGAGCUCUAUUGAGCUUCGCAGGGUGAAUCCGUCUGGUACCUUUGAGACAGCGAUAAAGCAAAUUCUUCCACCAAAGAGAUCGCGGAAGGGACCUGCUCCGAAGUUAUUCGGCUCCGAGCGAUGCUCUAUCUGCAAUUCCAAAGCGACCGGCUUCCACUACAAUGUGCUUUCCUGCGAAGGAUGCAAGAAUUUCUUUCGACGUGCAAUUAUCAAAGGACUGAUCUACCACUGCAAAACUGGGAAACAAGUGUGUCCAGUUGACUUUGACUACAGACCACGUUGCCAGUGGUGUCGAUUGAACAAGUGCAUGAGCAUGGGAAUGCGGAGCGAGUACAUCAACCGUACUAAAAAACAGAAUCUUUCGGUCACUUCGAAACAGCUUCCUGAACGUGUCCAAAACCUUUUGGCAAAUGUUCGCCGCUCGUGGGAGGCAGCAACGGAAGGUGUAGAAAAGCCGACGUUCCAGUCUUAUCUGUCCGGUGCAUCACAAUGUUCCGAGGAGUUUGAUGAGUUGAAAGGGAUUGAGAAGAUGCGCCUCGACUUCUUCUUGGAGAUGGCUUUUUUCAAGACAAAACGUAUCAUUAAAUUCAUGAACUUCCUGCCUGGGGUCCACAAGCUCUCGCGUGAUAUGCGCAUUUGGCUCUUCAAGGAAAGUCUAGCAGAGUCUAUGGUUAUGUUCAAUUCUACAACUUAUAAUCCCUCCUUCGAUAAAAAAAAUGGUGGCAAAGAGCCAGUUGUUAGGUGGCUUGACGGAGAGUGGAGGAGUAAAACGGACUUCUUCAAAUGUGGCCUUCGGCAGGAGAUGGUUGAACCGAUGUUCGACAUUUGGGACCGUAUUGACAGGCUGAAACUUGAUAAGUCUGUAUGCGCGAUUCUGAUGGUGCUGAUUUUGCUUAAUCCCGAUCGUGGCAACAUCCCAGACAAGAUCCGCGGCGAAGUCUCCCAAGUCUACACAAUUCAGGAACAGUACAUCGAGUCGCUGCAAAUUUACUUCGAGAAAAAGUACAGAAACAAAUCAGGCCUCUUCCUCGGGAAGACUUUGGACGUUCUCACCCGUCUCCGAAACAUUUCAGAAACUUCGCUGAGUAUUCAGCUGGCGCAGCUUCAAAAGAUGGAGUGUCAGAUGCCCUAUCUGCUGGCCCGACUCUUCAGCUAUGACAACUCGAUUGAUAUCAUCUCCACGUCCAAGCGCAGUCAGGAGUGA